AUGACGGAGAAUAUAAUAUCACAGCUUCGUCUUCUUUCCAAGCUUCAAGAAGGCAUUGCUGUUAAUAGGAAUAGCAAUAGACAAAGAGCCGUAAAAUCUGAUCAAAUAUCUACAGACCAGGAUAUCAAUAUGAUAGAUGAAUUACUCGAUCUUCAAUAUUACAUGAACAAACGUAAAUCGGACCAAAAGGAGCUACCUAUGUCAAGAUUGCACAUACUACAAGAGCUUAUAAGUAAACUUGAGCUUGGUGCGCGGGUUCGUCAUGAUUCUAAACGAAGAUCAUCCGUCCCAUGCGAGUAUGUUCAAAAUAAUAAAGGGCGCGAAGGAGUUCGGAGAGCUAAUUCCAAACGAAAACCAAUCGUUCCACGCAAAUUUGUUCAGCACGAUAAAGAAUACGAAAUAUUUCGUAGUUUUAAACAGAAGUCACCCAUUCCAGUUAAAUCUAAAUUGCUUGAUGACCCUAAAGAACCCAAAGGAGUUAAUAAAGAAGGUGGACCAUCGAAGCCACUUCCGAUUUCUAAAAAACUGAUUCAAAAUAAAUUUACUGCUGAUAGUGAAGAAUAUAAAAGAGUUCGUAAAGAAGGUGGAAGUAAGCAAACUCCCCUGACUUUAAAUAAAUUAAUUGAAGACCAGGAAGAACCCGAAAGAAUUCGUAAAGAAAGUAGAUCUGCGAAACUACUACCUGUAUCAAAUAAAUUAAUGGAGGACCCCGAAGAACCCAAAAGAAUUCGUAAAGAUAGUAGAACUACUCUACGAAUUUCGAGUAAAUUGAUUGAAGAUGAUGGGAGUGUAUGGAAGAGCAAGUAG